UGUCCCGCUGCCCGGCGGGCCGAGCGCACGGACCAUGGGCGGCCGCGGGUCUGGGGGCUGCAGGGCCGAGCCCCGCUGAGCCCCGCCGAGCCCGCCGAGCGGGCCAUGGGCGACAGCGAGCGCAACAAGAAGCGGCUGCUGGAGCUGCUGCAGGCGGCGGGCACCGGCAACGCGCACUGUGCCGACUGCGGCGCGGCGGAUCCCGACUGGGCCUCGUACAAGCUGGGCAUCUUCAUCUGCCUCAACUGCUCCGGCGUCCACCGCAACUUCCCGGACAUCAGCAAAGUUAAAUCCGUGAGACUUGACUUCUGGGACGACAGUAUCGUGGAGUUUAUGACCCACAACGGGAACCUCCGUGUAAAGGCCAAGUUUGAAGCCAGAGUUCCAGCUUUUUACUACAUCCCCCAGGCCAACGACUGCCUGGUCUUAAAGGAGCAAUGGAUUCGAGCUAAGUAUGAGAGACAGGAAUUUAUGGCUGAUGGGAAAACCAUCUCACCCCCAGGUAACCGAGAAGGAUUCCUGUGGAAGCGGGGAAGGGACAACGCACAGUUCCUGAGAAGAAGGUUUGUCCUUCUGGCAAGAGAGGGUCUCCUGAAGUACUACACUAAGGAAGAGGGUAAAAGCCCUAAAGCUGUCAUCAGCAUCAAGGACUUGAAUGCCACCUUCCAGACAGAGAAGAUAGGGCACCCCCACGGGCUGCAGAUCACCUACAGGAGGGAGGGCCACACCAGGAACCUGUUCGUGUACCAUGAAAACGGGAAGGAGAUAGUGGACUGGUUCAACGCCCUCCGCGCGGCCCGUCUGCAAUACCUAAAAACGGCCUUUCCUGAGCUCCCGGAGUCUGAGCUCGUGCCCCUCCUCACCAGGAACUACCUCAAACAAGGCUUCAUGGAAAAGACUGGCCCAAAGCAGAGAGAACCUUUCAAGAAAAGGUGGUUCACCCUGGAUUCCCAGGAGCGGAGGCUGCUCUAUUACAAGAACCCACUGGAUGCUUUUGAGCAGGGCCAGGUUUUUCUUGGGAGCAAUGAGCAGGGCUAUGAAAUACAUGAAGACCUCCCCAAGGGCAUCCGAGGGAAUCGCUGGAAAGCUGGCAUCACCAUUGUCACCCCGGAGCGGAGAUUCGUCCUCACCUGCCCCAGCGAGAAGGAGCAGCGGGAAUGGCUGGACAGUUUGCGGGAUGUCCUGUCUCGCCCCUUAACACCCCUCAAUCUCAUCAGUGAGAAGCAGGAACUGGGGGUGGUUCUUUCGGCCAAGGGCAGAGGGCAGAAAGGGGCUUCUUCGCUUAGGUUCACCUGUGAUGCCAAAAAAGUGCCCUGGCCAUGCUCUUUCCGUGGGCUUCUCUUCCCGCCAAGGAAAAGCACAAGACAGUGCGUAUCACUGCCCACCCUCAGUUCCCUAACAGAGCCCUUCCCCAGGAGCUUCUAGAGGAGACUGGCUCUGGCAGAACCCUUGACGCUGUGUGUACCCCACUCGGUCUAGGGGCUGAGCAGCCUCUCUCCCUCACUCCUCCUCCUCCUCCUCCUCACUAUCUUUUCUCGUGAGAAAACCGUGGCCUGUUAUUAUUAGCUAAGGUCACACCCGCUGGGCAGCUCCUGGGAUUUUGGAUUCCUCCCUACCCCAGAGGGAAGGCUAUUUCUAGUGCCUUCUUUUCUCUGGACCCUCUCUUCUGUCUGCCUCUGUCCUGGUCCUCCUCUUCACUGCAGUUGUGUCACGAGUAGACUUCCCUCUCUGCUGACAGCCCUGUGAAAAAAGGAGACACAUGCUGAGCUGGAGCAGGGAACUGCUGGCCCAGGGCCUGGCUUCUGGGCACAAAAGAGAAGUUGUGUGUUUGGAAAAGUACAGACUGAGCAGGUGACCCCACACAGCCCCUUGGGGGAAACCCUUGUGCCCCUGGAGUCUGACCAGUAUAAACACAGACACUCUUCACUGUCCCGAAUCCCAAAGCCAAAGAGCCUCAGAAACAGACUUGUAAAUUGUCAGUGAAGCUUAUCAGCUGGUGUUUUCUUUUCUCUGUGGGCCUCUGUAUCGGAGUCUCCCUUGGUUUCUCUCUGUCUCUGUGUGUCUGUGUCUCAGAGUUUCUCUCCUUCUCUGGUGUGUGUCCCCCCUGUCUCUCACUUUUUCAUUCAGGCUCCCUCUGUCUUUCUACGCCUGUCCCCUCACUGUCCCUUCCCUCCAGUAGGACUGCACUGGCAUGGCCACCUCCCUCAGCCCUCUUCU